AGGAUAUUGUGAACACAUGUACUACCGUUUAUAUAAUCAUAUUCUUUGUCGUCUGACCCGGAUCAAAAAACCAUCUCCAUCAUUUACAAAAAAGAUUACGCGGGGAUAAUCGAUCACUACCAACUCUCAUCUCAACUCAUGGCGAUGCACCCGUGCACCACUACGCUCCUCCUCGCCUUCCUCGCCGUCGCGCUACCCGGUGGUGCCAAGGCAUGGCAUUUCUGCGGCAGCAGCGGCGACGUCUUCGCGCCGAGGAGCACGUACCAGUCCAACCUCGCGCUCCUCUCCGCCGGCCUCGCCAAGAACGCCUCCGCCUCCCCGGCCCUCUUCGCCGCCGGCGGGGUCGGCGACCCGCCGGACACGGUCUACGGCCUCGCGCUCUGCCGCGGCGACACCACGAACGCCACCGCCUGCGGCGCGUGCGUCGCCGCCGCGUUCCAGGACGGGCAGCAGCUGUGCGCGUACGCCAGGGAGGCCACCGUGUUCUACGACCCCUGCUACCUCCGCUUCUCCGGCAGGAACUUCCUCGCCGCCGACGGCGACAACUUCGCGGCCUACUUCAGCAAGGUGCGGAACGUGACCGCGCCGGCGGAGGUGUUCGACGCCGCCGUGGUCGCGCUCCUCAACGCCACCGCGGACCACGCGGCGGCGAGCUCGCCCAGGCGGUUCGCCACGGGCGUGGAGGCGUUCCGCGGCUGGGGCGUCCGCGACAUCUACGCGCUGGUGCAGUGCACGCCGGACAUGUCGCCGGCCGGCUGCCGGAGCUGCCUGGCCGGCAUAAUCUCGUGGGUGAACGAUCCCGACUACUUCAGCGGGAGCCCGACCGGGAGGGUUCUUGGGGUGCGGUGCAACUACUGGUACGACGUGCAUCCGUUCUUCCCGGGAAGCCCACUGCUGCGUCUCGACGCGCCGGCGUUUGAUGUAUCGCCGCCGGCGCCAUCACCCGCUCCGGUGGCGGCGGACACGACACCACCGGCGGACAGAGCAGGAAGAAAGAGGACAGCUGUGAUAAUAUCUGCAUCAGUCGCUUGUUCCAUUGUCUUUGUAUUGAUUAUUUCAGGUUCUGUUUUCAUCUGCUUGAAGAGGAGGAAGGCUUCCAAAAACCAGAACACUCCAAUCAUCCCAGCACCGAACAAAAUCAAAAGAGGAAAUUGCGCGAUCUUCGAUUUACCAACACUGCAAAUUGCAACUGAUAACUUCUCUAACAGUAAUAAGCUCGGGGAAGGCGGUUUCGGUACUGUGUACAGGGGAAAGCUUGGUAAUGGGCAAAAAGUAGCAGUGAAGAAGCUGUCACAAGCACAGUACACCAGAGAGGGACUGAACCAGCUGCACAAUGAACUUCAGUUGUUGGCUGAGCUUCAGCACAAGAAUUUUGUCAGAUUACUGGGUUUUUGCUCGCAUCAGGAUGAGAUGAUGCUUGUUUAUGAGCACAUUAAGAACGGGAGCCUUGACAUCUUUCUUUUUGAUACUAGUAGGGCGAAGACACUUAACUGGGAGCAACGGUACAAUAUCAUUCUUGGAAUCGCAAAGGGAAUAUUGUAUCUUCACGAAGAUUCAAGCAUAAGGAUCAUUCACCGUGAUUUGAAAGCGAACAAUAUAUUGUUGGAUGAAAACAUGAACCCAAAAAUUGCAGACUUUGGGUUGGGAAGGCUACUAGGAGGUGGCCAUACUCAGACUAAGACGGCUACAGUUGUCGGAACAUACGGGUAUAUGGCACCAGAGUAUGCGCUAUUUGGGAAGGUAUCACCUAAGAUCGAUAUUUUCAGCUUUGGUGUUUUGGUUCUUGAAAUUGUAACCGGGAGAAGGAAUAGCGGUUUCGACACCACAUACAACGCAGUGAAUCUCCUGACAGAAGUGUGGAAUUGCUGGACAAAGGGGACGGCACUGCAGCUGGCUGAUCAAUCACUUGAUGGAUAUUCCGACAGCAAAGUGCUACGAUGCAUCCACAUUGGUCUUCUUUGUGUCCAAGAGAGCCCCAUUGACAGGCCAAGCAUAUCUUCAGUGAUUCUAAUGUUAACCAGACGCAGAAUAAAACUCCAGCAACCGCGGCAACCGGCAUUCUUCUUUGGAGGGGACUUCAGUUCAGUUUAUCAACAACAACACAGACAUCGCAACUACAUGUAUGAUAAGAGUGGCGUGAUUGUUGAGGAUAAAUUCUCUGUAAAUGAUGUCACCAAUACUGAUCCCUAUCCUAGAUGAUCUGAAACUCAGAAUGUGACUGCCAGAAUAGAUUGGUGUUCAUUAUUUGUACGAAUUCUUUCAUAAUGGAAAAUUUCACUUGUAUGAAA